AACGCCAAAGAGGCAAAGAUCCUCCAAAACUUCGGAGACGGCAUCUGUAAGAUACUGGAUGAAAAGCUGCAACGGUAUUAUAGAGAGAACGGUGCUGACGCUUCUAUACACGCUCUCCCCAAAGGAGCGCCCCCUCCUGGCCGAUCAGACAAUAACAUCAUCCUGGCUCCAUCCAAAAAGAAAAAUGCUGCAGGUGAUCAAGGAAAGGAUGGAGGAGGAGAUGGAGGGAGGAAGAAGAAGAGGGAGUAUGUCCCCCAGAAGAGAUCCGGGGGCUAUGCUGUGCUGCUGACUCUUUACAAAGAAACUCAGGUCCCUGGUAGUAAAGGUUACAUGUUUAAGAUGGAGCUGCAGGCAGAAGCUCAGCAUCUCUGUGACAAAUCGUUCACUGCGGUGAUAUUUUGUCUUUGCCUGCGUAUAACCCAACUUUGUGCUUCUUUCAGGUAUUCUCUGACAGAAGGAGGUCUGACUUUGGCCGAGCGACUGGCAUCCGCAGAGCAGACGAACACAGACGGGGACAGAGAGGCGGUUAGGAGUGAGUUAGAGGCGACUGAGGAAGACGAUGCCGUCGUAGUCCUCACUGGUAGUGAUGAAGAUGAAGAAGAGAAGGAGGAGAACAGAAUACACCCUGCAGAGAGACAACCCACCGUCACUGAGGUUAGCUGCGACGUGGACGACGUGCGUUCAUCGGGGAAACCACAGGAUUCACAGACGACGAUGACGACAAGCAGAAAGCCGAACGCAGAAUGUCUCCUACCCGGAACGUAUGAAAUUAUGCUCUGUGUUGACUUCAUCGAGACCACUGGUGGGAGUCACCAUCGUAAGCAGGAGCUGGUGAAAGAGCUUCAGAGAAAUGGAGUCAACUUUGACAUCAGGAAACUAAACGUCGGGGACUUCCUGUGGGUGGCUCGGGAAAAGGUGGCACCUGUUGCAGGUCAGUUGCGAGCGCCUGUAGGCAGGGAGCUGGUCCUUGACUACAUAGUGGAGAGGAAGAGGAUGGACGACCUGUGCGGCAGCAUCAUCGACGGACGCUUCAGGGAACAGAAGUUCCGACUGAAGAGGUGCGGUCUUCAUAAGCCCAUCUAUUUAGUGGAGGAGUGUGGAUCAGCUGCGUCUCACCUGAGCUUACCUGAAACUACACUGCAGCAGGCCAUAGUCAACACACAGGUAGAGUGCACACGUGGGGCCACAUGGGUCACUCUCAAACUGAAACAAAUGUUGUGGUGUCCUGCUGGACGCAGCCAUCAGAAGAUGGUGCGCUGUGGCACCUGUGUAGCAUCUCUACCAUGCUAA